AUGUCCAGCAGCAGCAGCAAGCUGCAGCCGCCGCGCCGCGUGGUGCGCCGCCCGCUGCAGUUCGCGUCGCCCGCCAAGGAGCAGCAGUACCGCGCCGAGAUGGACCACGUGCAGCGCUACAUCUGCGCGCAGGUGGGCGGGCUCGACGAGGCCUCGAGCCUCCUGCUCGGCGUGCACGACAGCCGCUCGCGCAGCCAGUACGAGGAGAUCCAGGAGUUCCUCGAGCGCAAGCACCAGCUCGAGCAGCAGCAGCAGCAGCAGCCGAAGCCAGUCGAGCGCGUGCUCAUCCGCAGCCUCGACGAGUACCUGAACGAGCUGGACCCGAGCCUGUUCGCCGAGUGCGCCGCACCCGUCACCCCCAAGCGCCUGGGGGUUGCCAACCUUCCAGCGCACAGCAGCUACAUCCGCCGGAAACAGGAGGAGGCCAGGCUGGCCCGCUUGUGGAACCCCGAGCACUGCUCGGUGCCCGCCAUCCCGUGCGGCGGACCCCUCAAGCGCCAGCGGGUCAUGUGA